UUAAAGUUUCCUCAGUGCCAAACAUUUCCCAUCUUUCCUGUAAGAUGUCAUAUUUUCCCACAAUAGCCCAAGAACUCAUCCGACAACUGCAUAAUUCUAAACAUUUUGCUAUUGUGCUAUCAUUCCAUGCUAAGCUUCUAAAAUUUGGGUUCUUAAGUGAAACUUUUCCCUCCAAUCAUCUCAUCAAUGCCUACAUAAGAUGUCACACUGUGAAAUUUGCACACAAAGUGUUCGACGAAAUGCCUGAACCAGACACCAUAUCUUGGACGUCUCUUAUGGGGGGUUAUACUAAAGCUUCACAGCCGAAAAUGGUGAUUUGGCUUUAUGCCAAAAUGCCCAAAGACAUGGUGUGGCCAAAUGCGUUUACCCUCUCCACAAUCAUAAAUGCUUGUUCAGCACUUUCUGAUGUAAAAACAGGGGAAGUUGUUCAUGCUUAUCUUGAAAAAUAUGGUUAUAACAAAAACAUCAUUGUGUGCUCUUCAUUGGUUGAUAUGUAUGGAAAAUCAAACAAUUUGGUUUCUGCAAGACGAGUUUUUGAUUCAAUGCUCGAGAGAAAUGUCGUUUCUUGGACUACGAUGAUGGCAGGGUAUGCACAAAACGGUCAGGGAUACGAAGCACUCAAACUUUUCAAGGAUUAUACCCAUCUUGAAGAUGAUCUUCCUAAUCAAUUUAUGCUGUGUACCGUUGUUAACGCUUGCGCGAGCUUGGGAAGGUUGGUAUAUGGGAAGGCCAUGCAUGCCGUUGUCGUCAAAAGUGGGCCUGAAAAUGAAGUUGUUGCUUGUGCGCUUGCAGAUAUGUAUGCUAAAUGUGGAUGCUUUGAGUUCUCACUUAAGAUAUUUAGGAGCAUGCUUAAUCCUUCUCUUAUAUCAUAUACUUCUAUGAUCAUUUCAGCGGCGAAACAUGGGUUUGGAGACGUGUCAUUCGAGCUCUUUGAAGAAAUGAUUCUCAAAGAAAUACGUCCUACCGAUGUUACAUUUCUCGGCAUCUUAUAUGCGUGUAGCCACUUGGGACUUAUCGGCAAAGGACUUCAAAUCUUGAACUCAAUGCAAACAGAACACGGUGUUGCUCCUGAUGUGAGGCAUUAUACUUGUGUCGUUGACAUGCUCGGAAGAAAUGGGCGAUUGGAUGAAGCAUAUAGAUUAGCGAAGGCGAUAAAGCUACGGCAUGAUAGUGAGAUUGCUCUUUUAUGGGGUUCCGUUUUAUCAGCUAGUAAGCUUCUUGGAAGGGUAGAUAUAGCAGCCGAAGCAAGCAAGUGGCUACUAGAAGCUAAGCAACAGAUCGACACUGUUUAUGUUUCAAUGUCAAACAUUCAUGUUUUAUCUGGGAACUGGGACGAUGCCCAGAGCAUUCGUUCAGAAAUGAAGCGAGUAGGAGUGAAAAAGAAGCCAGGUUGCAGCUGGGUGGAAAUUAAAGAUUCAGUUUACGUAUUCUACGCUCAAGAUCUGUCCUCGUUUCCGAGAAGUGCUGAAGUGUUGGAUCUCUUGAAGGACAUGGAAACCAGGAUGAAAGAACGAGGCUAUGUAGGCGGGAGUAAAGGAUUGGUAUUAGUUGAUGUAGAAGAGGAAUCGAAGGAAGAAGUGGUGAGUUUACACAGCGAAAGGCUCGCCUUAGGCUUUAGUUUGCUAAGCAUACCGAAAGGAGAAACUAUUAGAAUCAUGAAGAAUUUGAGGAUGUGUGGAGAUUGCCAUGAAGCUUUUAAGCUCAUUAGCGGCAUAGUCGAGAGGAAUUUUGUUGUGCGAGAUGUGAACAGAUUUCACCAUUUCAAAAACGGGUCUUGUAGUUGCGGAGAUUAUUGGUAAUAUAUGUUAUUCGAAAUUGAGGAUCGAAAGAAUCAUGAACCAAAAAUUCCAAGCGGGAUUUAUUUUACCACAACUAUAUAUAUAUAUAUAUAU